GUUGCCGGAUUGCAAAGGCAAAGUCAUUUCUGAUAACAGCGCUUUGUUCAGAUCAGGAAGAUUUGUGACUGACUUGAAUGUAAUACCUAUAAAAGAAAAUUAUAUAGAAUUAAGUCUACAACUGCAUCUCGUAGCAAAACACGUGUUGAAUACCUGAAAUUUGGAAAAUAAUGUUUAUUGAAAGGACAUGAAUCGAUAUAAAACAGUACGAAAUCCAAUGGGGAAAUCAAACGCAAUAUAAAGAAAAAUUAAUGCGCUAAAGUGAAUUUUCUUUUGUUUUACGAUUUAAUGUUUCUUUCAUUUCGUCAUUAUGGAUAAUAAAGCAUCGUGUUUUAGUGCAAUAUUAGUUUUAAUUUUGAUCUCGUUUGUUUCAACAGCAAGUGAUUUUAUUUUAACAUUUACAUGUCCAGCUGGAUCUGACUGGAAGUUAAUUGGAACUCAUUGCUUCAACUUCAUCAAAACUGAGUUAGAUUUUCUUGAUAGUUUUGAUGUAUGUAAAAAAUAUGGUGCUACUUUAUUAAAUGUAAGAGAUGAAGUUGAAGCCAAAAAUAUUUCUUUGGAAGCAAAAUCAAUAUUUUAUCAAGAUCAUUACUGGAUCUCUAAUGGCUAUAGUGAUGUUGACAAUCUUAGUCAGGCAUUUGUCAAUCCAAAUUGUUCUGGGUAUUGGCAAAUUAAUGAGCCAUCAGCUAUUGAGGGGAGAGUUGCUGUGGCUAGUGAUAUGUUUGGUAAAUGGGCAUUGAAGUCAGUCUGGAUUGAUCUACCGUUUGUGUGUAGAGCUCCAGCUUGUCCUACUGAUUCAUUUCGAUGUAGUGAUGGGAUGUGCCUAAACCAACGAUGGAAGUGUGAUAAUGUAUCUGAUUGUGCUGAUGGAUCAGAUGAAAUUGAUUGUGAAGAUUGCAUCAAACAUCAUAAGUCAAGCAAUGGAACACUCAAUUCAAGUGGUGAAAAUUGCCAGUGGAUAUUAGAAGGUGUGCCAGGUGAAGUGCUCAGUAUUUAUUUUGACAGUGUGGUGUUGAUGGAGAAUGCUGCCUCAUUGUUUGUCUACAGUGGUGGUCCCACCAUCCAAAAAAGUAUAUUGGUUAAAGAGUUGAGAGGAAAUUCAUCUAGACUUACUUUGUUUGGUGUCAACCAUUUCUUAAUCAUCAGGCUUAGAUCUUACAGUUCUUCUUCCAAACCUGUUAUAAAUGCUAGGUGGAAAGCUGAUGAACAGCUAUCAAGACUACAGUUUGAAACUAUUAAUAUUACUGAUACCAUCAGUAGGCCUAUAUCUACACCUUACAUUGACUCAUCUGAUUUACCAUCUACUUACAAGAGGAAGUGGAUGUUAAGUACAGAUAAAGACAGUGUUAUCACAGUAGAGAUUGUGAAUGCAACACUGAAAAUAGGAAGCAAUGAAGAUUCUGAGUUAAUGAUCAGUCCAGUCAGUUUUGUACUUCAUGAACCCAAUACUAAGAGAGCUUUUUACAUAUCCAGUUCUUCCAGUCUGACCAUUUUAGCUAGAGUGAAUCAACAGCAAAAUAAAUACAUGACUGCUAAUGUAUGGAAAGGUUGUAAUUUCAACACUACACUUACACAUGGUCGUCUUGAGUUGUAUGACGGAUUAGUUCACAGAGAAUGUUUUUGGAGAGUCAGAAAUAAGAUUACUACUGACCUAAGUAUGAUGUUGACUAGUACUAAUGUCUCUGGUGACUGGUUAAAGCUUUACAAUGGGACAGAGGAUGACAAAACAUUAGUCAACUUAUCAGCUUCUGCAAAUGGAGCUAUUUCUUUAUUCAAUCUCAAUAAAGGUGUGACUUUCCAUUACGACUCCAGGUUAGCAACACCAAGCAUAUUUAAAGUCGAUAUAUCUGCAGAUUGCAAAGAUAUUUCAGACUUAACAGAUGUGUUGAUUAUAGAAGAUAUGAACAGAUUAGCAGGAGCAAGGUACACUGUUAACAUAUCAUGCAGUCCUGGUUUUGCUUUUCAACAAGAAGAAUAUAAUUAUACUGCUACAUUGAAAGCUGUGUGCCUAGAGGGUGGAGUAUGGAAUUGGGGGUCUGAAAGUUAUAAGAGAUAUCCUAAAUGUCAAGUUGUGUAUUGUGGAAUACCACCAGCUAUGAAAAAUGGCUACUUUGAAUCUCUUGAUAAUGUCACAUACAAUGCUACAGUGGUGUACAAGUGUUUUGAUGGCUUUGUGAUGAAUGGUACCAAUACCUCAACAUGUCAGCAUGAUGGACAGUGGUCACCAGCAGGCUCAUGUUUUGCUGAAGAUUGUGAAAAAGUAACAGAAAUAUCAAAUGGAUCUUACAACUUUACCAUUGGCUUUAACAGCUCACACGGAACUAUAGUCAAAUAUUUUUGUAAUCCUGGAUUUGAUUUAAUUGGCUCAGAACAGAUUGUUUGUCUUCAUGACAAGACUUGGAGUCAUUCAGCACCUUUUUGUAAAAAGCUCACUUGCAGCUUACCACUUGUACAGUUUGGAUAUUACUCAACCUCUAAUUGGACUAUUGAGUAUAAUGAAAGUGUUAGACUACACUGUUAUGAUGGAUUUAAAAAUAAUAGGACUAAUACCACAGAGGCUGAACUUAAGUGUAAUGAAGACAGGAAACUCAACUUUGAAGACUCUUGCAUCGACAUGGAUGAAUGUGCUGAGUUAUCAUUUCUGUGUACUAAUAAAUCAAAUUUUAGAUGUCAGAAUAUCUUUGGAUCUUAUAAUUGUGUUUGCAAAGAUGGUUACAAUCUUACUGAUUCACAGUGUUUAGAUUUAGAUGAAUGUCGCAGCAAUACACCAAUUUGUCAUCAGCAAUGUACCAAUCUUGAUGGAUCUUAUAACUGUUCCUGUGAUGAUGGGUUUAAUCUGUACACUGCUAACAAUACAAAUGGAUUUAUUUUGCCAGCUGGAGAAGAUGGAACAAAACCAGGACAUGUCUAUCACAUCAAUCAUACAUGUGUCCCUAAAACAUGUGAACCACUGCCACUUAUUAUGAAUGGCACAGUUCUGUCCAAAAAAGACAGAUUCUUGUACAAAGACACAAUAAAGAUUGUUUGUGACUUUGGUUUUCAACUGAAUGGCUCACCCCUGGCCUAUUGCAACAGCAAUGGAAGCUGGAGUUUUGGAGAUACAAAUAUACCUCCCGCAUGCAUAGUGAUUGAGUGUCCAUUACCACCAAAAAGUCAGUUAGAGUUGAGCCGUGACCCACCCAAUUCAAGUUUUAUAAAAGCUGGAGAAUCCCUGACAAUUGUGUGUGAGCAACAGUGUGAGAACUGUGCCUCUAUAACUAAAACUUUACACUGUGCUCCAAACAGUAAAGGGACUUUCAGUUUACAGGGAGAUAAUCCUCACUGUUUUGCUGUCAACUGUGGUGAUAUUCCUUGGACACAAAUACCUGGAGUGGUUUCAAAAGUAAUUAAUGAUACAACCUAUGGAAGUUUCUUUGAGUUUGAAUGUAAUUCUGAUAAAGGAUAUACAGUGAAGGGCAAUUCAUCUUUAGGAAAUGCUACUGUCAUGUGCCAGAGAAAUGGACACUGGGGGUUGAAUUCUUUGACUUGUCAAGGUUCAUCCUGCAGUGCUCCAAAUAUUUUUGCUGGCACUGAGCAAAAUGUUCAGUAUAGCUAUGAAGUAGGUCAAUCAGUUCAUUACAAAUGUACAAGGCCUGGAUAUAAGACUAAAACUAAUGAUACACUACACUGUCUGUUUAGUAAUGGAACAGCUUACUGGAGUGGGGAAGCACCCCUUUGUGAAGAUGCUGAGCAACCUAAUAUCACCUGCCCAAAGAUGCCAGUGUUUAAUCUUUAUGAUACUUUGAUUUAUACCCUACCAAACAAGUCAGACAACUCUGGGUAUGCAUGUCUGACUUUGGAAUCUGGACCUCCUUCUGGUGUCUCUGUUGUAUCUAAAAAUAUGACUCUCAUAUUUAGAGUCUUUGACUUUGCUAAUAAUAAUAAGUCUUUUUCAUGUGAUGUUAUUUUAAAAGAUCAAACAAGGCCUUGGAUUAAAUGCCCUGGAACAAUUGAUUAUGAUAUGGGGGAUAAGCUGUCUAAAGUUUUCACAGAAGACGACUUCAAGCUUCAUAUUAAUCAUUCAUCUGAUGGAAAUGUUACCUUCACUCCAUCUCAGCUGAAUGUAACACAUGGAAACAUCUACAAUGUAACAGUUAAUAUAAAGAAAGACAAUGGCUACACUCAAGAAUGUUCUUUUUUGAUUCGGCCAACAACUCACUCAUGUUAUAAUGAGACUUUGACACAGGAACCACUGACCAAUGUACUAAUUAAAGAGUGUAAUGGGACAAAAGCAAGCAUGACAUGCCAAGCACAUUGUUAUCAAGGCUAUCAUUAUCAAGAUCUUACAACUUUCAAAACAUAUGAAUGUAAAAAUGGCAAUUGGUCAACUAAAAUUCCGCUCCUGCCUUGUCUCAAAAUGACUAACACAAUGUUUUAUUACACCAUCAAUGCUGUAUAUAGCACUAAUGGAAUUAUACCUCAAAAUGAAAGCAUGGAAAUGUGCUUUCCAUCUCAUGAAAACAAUCUCACUAAUCUAAUCUACAACCUAAAUGCUUGCAACCUAUCAGAGUAUAGUGUUAAGCACAUUACAAGCAGUGAAAUAGGCCCUGAUAAAAUAAGAAGUAACUUUCAGCUGCUUGUUAUGGCUAAUGGAACACAUGAAACCAUUUUGCAAAAUUGUGCAUCAGAGUUUGCAAAUGUGUUGGGGUAUUUUGGUCCAACCUUUCCUAAUCCUUCGGAUAGAUGUCUAUCUCCAUGGAAAGUCAGCAAAUCAACUGUUACACCAGGAAAGUUAUUUUGUGAGAGUGGGCAACAAAUUCUUAAUGAAACAUUUUGCUUGUAUUGUGGACCUGGUUAUUAUUUAAAUAAUGGUAACUGUACAGAAUGCCCUGAUGGCACUUAUCAAGACUCUGUGGGUAAAACUCUGUGCAACAAUUGUUCUAGUAAUAAAUCAUAUGCACCUAGGACAAGUGCAAAACACUGUUUAGAACUUUGUCCUGAUGGGUUCACAAGUUCCACUGGAUAUGUAACUGACAAUUGUAAACAAUGUCCAGCCAAUACAUACAGUUCUGAUAAUCGUACAGAAUGUUUGAACUGCACAACAGCUACGCAGAACAAAUUUAUGUGUUCAGCUCCUUGUAAAGCAGGUCACUAUUCAAGUACAGGUUAUGAGCCUUGCCAACUUUGUCCUGUGCAUUAUUAUAGUGAAAACAACUCUAGUAAAACCUGCACAGAAUGUCCAGAUGAUUCCUAUACCUUACUUAAAGGAUCAACUAGUGUAGUUACUUGCAUCAACGAUUCUUCUGCAAAUUGUUCAUGCUCAGUAGAUGGCACUAUUUCAAAUACACAAUGUUUAAUAAAAGAUCAUAGAAAUGUCUGCAUUUGUAAAGAAGGUUAUUAUGGAGACAGAUGUGACCAAACCUGUGACUUUUGUUUGGCAAAGCCAUGUUAUAAUGAAGGGACAUGUACAAAUAAUGGCUCCAGUGUUACCUGCGAAUGUAAAACUGGCCAAAACUGCACAUUUGUGAAAGAUCCUAUGCUAAAGUACAUAAAAAAUGCAACUUAUAUCAUAAACUAUUUGCAGCUUAAUUCUACAACAGAAUGCUAUAAACUUUGUUUGCGUGAUGACAGUUGUUUAGCUUAUAUGUUUACAAAUAGCUCAGAGACCUACUGUCUGACUUACAAAGAAUUGAUUUAUGACACAAUUGAGAAUGAACAUGAUUCAUACAAGAAAAAUUGCUCAGUUAAUGCUAUAUUUGGUGGUGACUACUGUGAAAUAGAUCUCAUAAAUGAUUGUGAAGAAAAUGUUUGUUCUGGAGAUGGUGUCUGCACUGACAUGGUUAAUAGUACAAAGUGUGCUUGUCCAUUGGGAAAUUAUGAUGAAAAGUGUAACAAAAUAGAAAAUCUUUGCAGUUCAUAUUCAUGUGGUCAUGGAACUUGUCUGUCAUAUGAAAAUAUUCGCUAUUUAUGCAUCUGCAAUCCUGGAUAUACUGGCCUUAACUGUUCUGAAAUCAUUGAUGAUUGUGAAUUGAACCCCCAUGGAUGUUUGUAUAAUGGUACCUGCCUUGACAACAUUAAUAAUUACACUUGUUCCUGUAAAGAUGGAUUCCAAGGAAACCAUUGUCAACUACGUCCUAAUUUGUGUGACAGAAAUAGUUGUAUGGAAAAUGAUGGUGGAUUUUGCAUUGAAGAUUAUACAAAUCUAAACCAUGAAUGUGCAUGUGGAGAGAAAUAUAACCUAACUUACAAUGGCAAAAACCCAGCAUGCAAAGCUAUUGAUUUUUGUCUGUCAUCCCCUUGCAUUAAUGGAGGAACAUGCCUCUAUGAAUAUGGCAGUUAUUCUUGUAAUUGUACUGAUGGAUUUGAAGGUUCUUUGUGUCAGAUUGAAGUAGAAACAGAGAAGAAUGAAACAACUUGUGAAAGUAUAGAUGUUUGUCAAAGUGCAAUGAAAGAGUAUUUCUGUCACAUGUGCUCAUCUUCAAAUAUCAGCUGUGUAAAUCAGUCAUGUGUAGAGAAAUGUAAAAGUUUCAGCCACCUCACUGUGAUAGAAAGAUUGCUUUGUCAGUGUUUUUGUAAUGAAACAACUACUGAAAAUGAAUGUUUACUGUAUGAUCCAUGCCUUCAUGGUGGUACAUGUACCAAUACAUCUAAUGGAUACAACUGUUUAUGUCCUUCUGGAUGGACUGGACAAGUCUGUGAAACAUCAGUAGAUUACUGCAGUCAGAACAAUACAUGUAAAAACAAUGCCCAUUGUUAUAAUCUGGUCAAUGACACUUACUGCCAUUGUCUUGAUGGUAGCCAUGGUAAUGCCUGUGAACUAAAAAAAGAAUUAUGUGAGAACUAUGGAAACUUCACUUGUAGACAUGGUAGUUGUGAACCUGUUGGUGGAUCAGCUCAAUGUAAAUGUCAGGACUAUUAUAUUGGUCAAUCUUGUGAACUGUCAAAGAAUGUUUGUUCUGAUGAUCCUUGUCAUGGAGGAAAAUGUUAUUUGAAGGAGUCAGGUUUUUACUGUGACUGUAUUGAAGGUCAACUAAGUGAUGAUACUUACUGCAAUUCUACUGUAGAUAUCUGCAGAAAAUGUCCACUCGAUUCUAGCUGUAUUACAUACACAGAUGAUAAUGACCUGCAGCAAGCUGCUUGCCUCUGUCCACCAGACAAGAUACAUUCUGGAAAUUUAUGUACAGAAGUGAACAAGGACUUUGAUCUUGUCUUUCUGAAAGACUUUGCUAUAAAGAAACAAUGGAUCACUUCAGUGAGAGGAUUUAGUUUAGAAAAUGUCAUCUCAUUGACUCUAACCAUGUGGCUGGCUGCAGCUAAAUCUUUGAAUGACUCUGAUGUAAUACUUUCUCUGACCAGUGCACAAAAAGAAAACUUCUUCAGUUUACUCAAAUCAAAAGUAAAGCUGAAUUCAACUGAAAUUGACUUUCCAUGUUCUAAUAUAAAUUGUACUUUAGAUUCUGACAACUUUUGGCAUUUCAUAGCAGUCACUUGGUAUCAUAAUGGAUCUUUGGUCUUAUAUUUCGAUGCCUUUAAUUUUUCAACUAUGACCAAUGACAAGUUUAAUAAAAUAAGAUAUGCUACUAUUCAGCUUGGUCAAGGAUUCUCUGGCUAUAUUUCUAAUAUCCAGCUGUGGAAGUCUGCUCUUUCUGCUGAAGUAAUUUCACAGUUAUAUGAAGAUGAAAAUUAUGUCCCUCAGCCUGAAAAUCUACUUUUAGACUGGACGUAUUAUUCAUUUGAUGAGAAAGUUCUUAUGUCCAAGACUUCACUGGCUCAAAAGAAUACAUCAAUAUGUGUGGAUAUCACAUUGAGUGCUUUGUUUCCUUUGGAAGACAUCUGUCAUGGUUAUAACGAUGACAGAGAACCACCAUUAGUUCAACAAACAUGCUUACCAAUGAAAGUAAUAGCAGUGGAUUACACUCAACACCAGAUUGGUUCUGGACAACUUGAUUAUAGUUUUACUGAUAAAGACAACAACUUACAGUCAACAAAUGUGCAAUAUUUCUCCCAUGGUGCCUAUGAUGUUGCUGUGGCUGCUAAUGACUCCUCAGGGAAUAUUGGAGUGUGUAUGACUAGAACAUUUAUCACACCUAAUAAGUGUGAAGAUACAAAACCUGCCAACUACACUGAAUCCUGUAAUCAUUCUACUGGUGUAGUAGUGGUCUGUCCAGAUGGUUACUUACCCAGUGUACAGACACCUAAAGUACUUGCUUGUGGUCAGCUGAAAACAUAUAAUCUGGACAAUAUGUAUGAAUUACCUGACAGAAUUGUUUGUGGAAAAACAGCAAACCCUAGCAAUAUUCAAAACGGGAACUACCCUUGUCCAGAUGGUAAAACGCUGAGGGAUAAUUUGUGUGUUGAAUGUGGCAGAGGCUCUUACUACAAAAAUCAAACUCAAACUUGUGAGCUCUGCGCCUUAAAUUCCUACAUUAAUGAAGGUGGUAAAACUGAGUGUAUACAAUGUCCAACAAGUCAUGGGACAUUACAGAGAGGAAGUUCAAGUCUGUCCGACUGUGUGGUCAGUUGCAGUGUGGGUUAUAUGUUAAAUCUGACAAGUGACAAGUGUGUUCCCUGUCCUCACAACUUCUAUCAGAACCAAUCUGGUAAACAUUAUUGUUUUCCAUGCCCACCUCUCCAUGGAACAUACAGUGUUGGCUCAACACAUCUGGACAACUGUACAGAAUUUUGUCCCCCUGGCACUCAGCUAAAUAGCAGUGGUCUAUGUGAACCUUGUCCUAGAGGGACUUACAGAGUUGGUGACAAGCAAGAUCAGUGUACAUCUUGUCCUGGGAAUGUAACAACUAUAGAGACGGGUCGUGAUAAACAGUCUGACUGUAUUAUACCAAUCUGCCCAUCAGGAAUGUUUGCAAACCUGACUGAUGGUGUUAACUAUACAUGUGAAUAUUGUGAUUUUGGAUUUUAUCAACCUGAAAAUGCUUCAAUGACUUGUAUCCUUUGUAAUGAUAGUUAUUCUACAAUAGAUACAGGAUCUCAAAGUGUUAGCCAGUGUUUAUUUUAUUGUGAAGCUGGCUAUGAAGAAUCUACACCCAACUCAAAGACAUGUGUACCCUGCCAGAGAGGCUUUUAUCGACCAGGUGACCAUGGCAAUAGAUUUAAAAACUGUUCUCAGUGUCCAACUGGAAACACUACUGAAGGAGACAAGUCUAUGAGCCUAUCUGACUGUAAUCUAAAAAUCUGUAGCUCAGGCUACAUCCUAUCCAGAGAUAACUCAACUUGUGAAGCUUGUCCUUAUGACACCUACCAGCCUCAGAAUUUACCCAACACAACUGUUGUCUGUCUCAACUGUACAGCUGGUCUUGGUACUGUGAAUCUAGCUAGUAACUCAUCCAGUGACUGUAUAGAAUUUUGUGAUCCUGGCCAAGGCAACAAUGGUAGUUGUCAUGUAUGUGAUAGAGGCUAUUGGAACAAUGGUAACACUUCGAUGAGAUUUCAACCUUGUCAAAAAUGUCCACACAGUUUUACUACUGACAGCACUGGAGCUACUGAUAUAAAUCUUUGUUCCUUGGAGAUUUGUAGUCCAGGUUAUAUACUAUCCAACUUAACAUGUCAAGCUUGUCCCUAUGACACAUACCAACCCAAUGCUCUGCCCAACACAAGUACAAUCUGUCUCAACUGUACAGAAGGUUUUGGUACUGUGAGUGUAGCCAGUAACACAUCUACUAGUUGCAUUGCAUUUUGUGCACCUGGCCAAGGCAAAACUGGAACGUGUGACCUAUGCAGUCAAGGUUAUUGGAACAAUGGAAACAUUUCAAUGAGAUUUGAACCCUGUCAGAAAUGCCCAGAAAAUUAUACAACAGAAAGCACUGGGGCAGUGGACGAAAAAAAUUGUUCCUUACGAGCCUGUCCAGCUGGAACUUCAAUAGAUGGUGAUGAUUGUAAGCCGUGUGAUGUUGGAAAGUUCCAACCUUUACCAUACCAAAGAUUUUGUAAUGAAUGUAGAGCCAACACCAGUACUUCAUCAACUGGUUCAACCAGUCCAGAUGAUUGCACCAUUAAAUGUCCAGCUGGUCAAGAAGGUAUUUCAAACGAUACUUGCGCUCCCUGUGGAGAUGAUAAAUUCAAAGGUGAAUACAGCUUUGGAAAAUGUCAGAACUGUACAGGAGAUUUUACUUCUGAGCCCAGCAACAGAACUCAUUGCACUGUAUUACAUUGUGACUUUGGCAAAGAAUAUAAGAAUGGAAGCUGUCAUGAGUGUGAAGUAGGUCAUUACAAAAAUGUACGUGGUAAUCGUGACUGCAUGAAAUGUCCUUCUAACACAAGCACUUCAUCUCAAGCCUCUACCUCCAUCAAUGAUUGUAAUGUUGCUUACUGUGAACCAGGGUUUUUCUCUAAUGACAAUUUAUCCUGCAUUGCAUGCCCCAUUGGUACUUACAAAAAUGAAACUGGCAAUCAUCAGAACCAAUGUAUACCUUGUCCACCGGGAGUGACCACACCAGAUGUUGGAAAUACACAUAUAGCAAAUUGUACACGUGUAUCUUGUAAUGCUGGAUAUUAUCGAGUGAAUGAAACACACUGCAAUCCUUGUGUUAAAGGAGAAUACCAAGAUGAAAGAGACCAAACUCAAUGCAAGAUAUGUCCUCAAGUAGAUGGCCGACCAUCAUCAACAUUGAACAUUGCUUCCACCAACUGGACUGAUUGCUAUCCUCUGUGUGAAGCUGGCUAUUUCACAUUGACCAACAGAUCUUGUUCCAAAUGUCCAUAUGGUAGAUACAAAAGCAUUACAGACCUCAGCACAUCUUGUCAAGCUUGUCCUUCCAACUUUACUACAGUUAUCACUGGUGCUACGAGUUUACUGGACUGUAAAUUUAGAAUUUGCAAGAAAGGCUUUUACCGUCCCACCAGUUUGUACAUUGACUGCGUUAGGUGUCCAAUUGGAACCUAUAAGAAUAUGUCCACUGUUGAGAUGACCAACUGUGACCUUUGUCCUACCAAUCAAACAACACUCAUUGAGGGAGCUACUUAUCAGAGCAGAUAUUGUAUUUCCAACUGUCCUGGUGGUCAAGGGUACUCAUGGACAUCUCAAAAUUGUACUUUGUGUCCAGUUGGUCAAUAUAAGGAAGAAGCUGCUCUUAUAAAUGUAUGUAAAUAUUGUCCAACAAAUUAUACCACAUUAAAACCAGGAUCAACUAGCUGCAUUCAGAGCAAUGCCCUACCAUUAGCAGAAGUGAAGAUAACUGUUAGAGUGUACAUACUAAUCUCCCUUGGUUUAUGUUAUAAUGAGCAACAUUUGAGAGUGACAAUAUCAGACCUAAUUACUGGCAUUGUAAGAACAGCUAAGAGAGAGAGAUACCCUGGACUGUGUCCUACCAGUGUUUGCAGUAAUAUGAUUUUCACUAUCCUUCAAAUGUGUAAUCAUGGCAGAAAGAGACAAGCCAAUACAUUUUCAAGUGUCCAGCUGGAUCUCAAAGAUAUUGAUUCACCUCUAUCAGACUAUAAUGGCACCAAGAGAAACACUGAAAGUGCUGUUUUAGAAUUGUUUAACUAUGACCUCCUGCCUUAUGAAGACCUUAUGGAACUCAAUGAAUUAGAUAUUGUCAAUGUUAGUCUCACCAGGGAAUGUCCACCAGGUUACACCUACAGUUCAGCACUCCAACGUUGUGUUCUAUGCUUUGCUGGUCAGUUUGCUAAUAGCAGUGGUCAGUGUGAAGCUUGUAGAGAAGGAACAUACAGUACAAACCCACCAAGUGAAAAGUGUGACUCUUGUCCAAAAGGUCAAACCACCAAGACUGGUUCACAAAGUGAAGCUGACUGUAAAGGUCAGUGUUACUUUGAUACCAAUUACUGUGGCACCAGUGGUCAAUGUGAGAUUACAUCAAGUGGAGUACACCAGUGUCUCUGUAGUGAAAACUACAUGGGCUCACAGUGUCAACAGAGACAAAGUCUAGAAAACUCUGACACCAUGGGUGUUGUAGUUGGUGUGAGUGUAGCAUUUGGUGCCAUCUUUUUCCUUGUGUUAAUCAUCUUUGGAAUCUGUUUGCAUAGACGAAGACAACCCAAGUCUACUCAAAGUACAUCUGACACAGAAGUCCUGAGUCACAGCAUACCCUACUUCAAUCAGCCAAUCAUGUUUGAGAACCCAGCCAUGCUAGCUGAUCCCACUAUGUACAAUGCUGAGGUCAUGGACUUCUAUGAUCAUGACCCUUCUAUUUAUGAGAAAACUUCCAGACAUUCAAGGGGUUUCUAAAUAUUUAAACUAUGACAAUUUUAAACACAUCACAGAUCUUACAUAUAAAAAUUAUAUUUGUAUACCAUACAGAUGAAGUUUAUGUAAAAAUUGUACUUGGCACAAAGAUCUGAUCAUGUAAAUGUUUCAUGUUCCUUUCAGAUCAAUGUAAACAUUUUGUGCUAUUGCUAAAUAUUGUUAAGAAAUCAAAAAUAAAAAUAGCACACUCUCAUUUGUAACUAACAUAUAUUUUAUUAUCAUUUAUCUAAUUUGUAAAAAAGUUGACCUCUUUUUUUUUUAUUAUUUAUUUUAUCUAAUGUAAUUUUGAGCAUUUCUUAUUAAUUUUAAUAACUAAAUGACUAUAUUAAAGUUUAUGGUAAUUUAUCCGUGUAAACUUUUGGAGAAUUUUGUCAGCAGAACUUAAGGUUGAUAGAUUAGUGGAGUAUCAGCAUUGUCUUUGGAUAAUUAUGUUCCACUCUAGAGGCUGCAUUAGUAACAAUAGACUCAUAGGAAAACUGAAGGCAGACUUGAAUUUGUCAGGACAACAUACAUUUAGUUCAAGAUUUUAUUUCAAACAAAAACAAUGUAAACAAUUUUUAAUGAACUAAUGAACAAUUUGUUAAGAUUAUUUUAAUAACCUCAAUUUAGUCUAUUCCAGAGUUGCUGCAAUCAGCUUUAGAACAUCAACAUUCCUGUGACUUUUUUAAAACUAUAUAAUUGACUCUUUCACGCUAUGCAUAUAGUGUACAUUGUAUACAAUCAACAUACACACCCACACAGAUAUGUGCUGAGAUGAAUUUAUAUUUAAAAAGUACCAGUUCAACUAAUUAAGUUUCCAUUAAAUUUUAAUUGGUUUUUAUUUGAACAAUAUUUAAAUAGGGCAUAAAUAGUAGACCUUUUUUUUUUUAUAUUGCCCUCAAAUUCUACAAAUGUGUGCUUAAUAGUAUUGCUUGUUGUCUUGUACAGCCUGAACAAUUCUAAUCAAUCAACUUGUAUCUAAUGUAUUCAGAGGUUUAAUACUUCUCUACUGUUUUUUUUUUAGAAAUGCUGUCCCACAUAAACAGCCAUUCUCAAUUUUAUAGAUAAUGUUUUAAGGUAUUUAAGUGUAUAUUCAUUUCAGUCCUAUGUAGUGCCCUCUAAUGCCUCUGUUUCAUCAUACUCAUGGAAAAGCUUAUAUUAUAAUGUUGAAAUUAUGACUUUGUAUAUUAGUAUUGUUAUGGUAACUGCUGUUUUGACUCUGUUCUCUUUCAAAUAUGUCAAUCUACACUGUUAUUUAUUGUUUGUUGGAGUUUUAACAUAUAUGUUUGUUAGGUGCUAAAAUUUGCCUUGGGCAUCCAACGGUUUAAAAAAUCUUUGACAAUGUCCUCAGAGCAUUGUUUCCCUCAAUGACUAAUGACAGAUUGUGGUUCAAUCUUAUAUUUUGAUGGACACUGCCAUGUUUUUAACUCAUUUCUAUUGCAAUACAAUUGAGCCACUGUAGUCUUACUAAAGUUAGGGUGUGUGUCUAAGCAAUUAUAUUAAACAUGUAGACCUAUUGAAAUGGAUUUCUUUUAAAUACUUACAAACAUUAACCCAAAACAGUAUCGAGGGUUCUGGUUAUAUAUUUUCAUUACCAUUUAUCUUACUAGCUUUCAAAGGUUGUAGACAAUAGAAAUUUAGUUUUCAUUUAUGUUAUAACUUACAACUCAUUGGUCAGUUUUGAAAUAAACUAAAGAAAAUACA